UCGGCCACCACCUCGCCUACUUCGCAGACCACCAUCUCUCCCCGUCACUGCCAUCUUUCUCCUGCCUCCACUCACACCCGUUGUCCACUCGCACCCCGGCCCGCUCCACUCACACCCCACAUCCGAGGUCAAAGCUUCGAUUUUUGCUCCGGCGGUGAGCUUCUGGGAGACGGAGGCGCUGGAUCUGCGUGCGCCACCGCUUGAUCUGUGUGUGCCCGCUCUGGAUCUGGCGAUGGAGGCGAUGAAUGCGGUGCGGAAGCGAGCUUUUGGGCGAUGGAGCGCUGUUGGUUGGCGACGACGCACUUGACACAGUUGGUCGCUGCUGCCGGGAAGAAGAAGGGCAAAGGGGAUGGGGUCGCCGUCGGCCUCGCUAGGCACGGCUGCAGGCUGGUCCUGGUGGGCGACGAGGGCGCCCUGGCCGCGACAGUGGAGGAGGCGCGGCGCAGCGCGGCGGCCGUCAAGUUCCGCGGCAUGGAGGCGGACAUCAAGUUCGUCUUGGACGACUACAGGGAGGACAUCGGCAAGAUGAGUGUCUUAAGCAAGGAGGAGCUGGUGCAGGUGUUGCGGCGGCACGGUAGCUCCAGUUUCCGCGGUGUCACCCUGCACAAGUGCGGCAAGUGGGAGGCCACCCCGCCUUCGUGUGCCAUUGCCCGAGGCUUUACCGGUAGCGAAGAUGGGAAGGGUCACGACAUUAGGGGGUCUGCCGGCGGGGGGCUGUCAAACGUUUUUUUGCGCCGAUCAUUCCAAGUGCUCAAAGUUGCCCUCUUCUUUUAGAAAAAGGUUCAUCUCAUGUUAUGGUAGAGUUUUUGUUAUUUUCGUCGUUUAGAACUACCAUGUCUAGUCUAUAUCUCAAGGAGUAGAUGAUACAAAAUUGUUUGAAUUGCUUUAUAUGACAAAC